AUGCCAAAAACACCUCGAGCUCUGAGGCGUCGUGGUCUACAAGAAGGCUGGGAUGGAGUAUACGACUGGACAAGCGAGAUUGGUACAAAUCAUCGUCGGCCCCUGCCUUCGUCCAAUCAGAUGAUUCUUUCGGUCACCGCCAGUGCUGUUGCCGAAGCCAAUCGAGAGCUGCCUCCAGUUGUGAAGGCUUUUCUCGCUGCAACAGGACAUGAUGAUGCUGGCACGCAACGCAACGAUAGUGAAGGCGAUAAUAACGAGAAUGCUCAAGAGGGAUCCAGCGUGGCGACCAUUGACAAUCCGCAGCUCUCCACACUCACGUCGGGACAGCAUCAACGAUAUAUGAAAAUAGUGGCGACGGGCAAUCGACAAACUGGACAGGGAGUCCAAAAGAAGGAUUACAGGAAACUAUUUGCUCUUGUGGAGGCUGAACAGCAGCUUUACCGCCAAGCCCUGGUUGAGUUUUGGGAAACCAACAGGGAACGAGUUUUGAUUGGAUUUUCAUCGUCAACACAGUCAUCGCUAGCAGGAAAAUUCGUUCAAUUGGCAGCCAACCUUACUCUUCAGCAAACUGCAUGGCGGAACCGACUGAAAGACACAAAGUUUGGCAAGUAUUGCCAGGUCAUCUCGCCACAGACUCCAGGGCACAGCAGCAGCGGCAAGACGGCGGCUGCAACAUGGCUUAUUGAUGGGAUUCAAAGCCAUAAAGUUGUUGUAGACAAAGCAGAUGGAAUGGACCAAAUGUUGCUGCUGCCUGACACUGGGAGACAAGUUCCCUUGCCCAAGCCAGAGUGUUCUUUGAACUUUCUGGAUCAAGAUCAGGAGACUUUAGUGAAGAUUGCCACCAGCAACAAAGCAUCCAUUGUAGCAACUUUGGAAGCAUUGGAAACCAUGAUCAACUUUGAAGGGCGCCAAUUAGUUCUUCCAAUCUCCUGCGUUAAUGGAGUGGCAUUGGUGGAUUCACCCUUGCCCCCGUCCUUUUCAAACCCCAGGGAUUGUCUCACUCAAGGGUUGAAUCAAGGGCUCGAACAAUGGCAAGACCUUCAUGGUAGAAGCAAUCAACAGCAUGUUCAAGGAUUCCGAUACAUGAUACUGCAGGUCCCCCAGGUCAGCGGCGCUACUGGCUCUGCGAGAACAACGAAACAAACCAGGGUGUUGGUGCGUCUUCCCCGACAAUCUACUCGAGCCCAUGCUCACGUGGAGUACUUUCCGGAACGAAAAGGCGAGGAGGUUUGCUCGGCAUUGGAGAGAUCGCUUUGGAUUUUGGAUCACUACUUGUUUUCGCGAUCUGUAGUGGCAAAAAUCGACCCGACAUCUUGCCGCGUCUUGAAAUGGGAGGAAACCGGUCUGGCUCAUGCUCUUUCCGGAAUGGAGGAUGGGACGGCACAUUCUCUGCUGUCGUCAUCACGGAGCUGUAUUGAUCACUGGCAUGCUUUUGCGCAGAUCAUUCAGGCGAUCACAACCAUUGGCCAAAAGGGAAAGUUCAUGCUAUGUUCACCGGGCCGAGGCCCAAAUUUGUCUACUCGAUCAAUAUCUGUACACAUGGAAACAACAAAAGGGGACGGGGACUUGGAUAUCGAAAGCGACAUCGGACGAGCUGGAGAGGUCAAACUUGGAGCUGAGGCUAUGGGAAGCUGUAUGCGGGAGUGGGCGUGGAAGUAUGAACGAGUGCCAUUCACUUUUCCACUACCAGCUCAAGACUCACAAAGUGAACAAAAGAGGAACUGA